GAAGCAGUGAGCCGAGUGAGGGCUUCCGGACUGGGCUGGGGGCGGGAAUGGGAAGGCCGGGGUUCCUGCGCUCUGCGGCUCCACUGGCGCCCACCUCCAGUGCGCGACGUGGGCGGAGGGAGAGUGGGGGUUGCGGGUCAGCUGUCCCCUAGAGCCGGCGCUGGGUCGCAGCUGACUGGAGGGGUGUGUGUGCCCGCCCAGGGAGCCAUGGAGGCCUGUCUGGCGGCCGCGGCGCUGAACGGGGUGGACCGCCGCUCGCUGCAGCGCUCCGCUAGGCUGGGCCAGGAGGUGCUGGAGCGCGCCAGGAGGAGGGCAGUGGACUGGCAUUGCCCGGAGCGACCCAGAGGCAGCAGGAGGGUCCUUUACCGCGAGCCGCCCUGCCCGGAAAGACCGCCGGCCUCUGGUUCCCACCGCCUCCCGCGAGAGAGAGAAGAAACGUACCCAUCCCUGAGUGUUUCCUUCAGAACAAUGGCUGAAUUCAUGGACUAUACCUCAAGUCAGUGUGGGAGAUACCAUUCGACUGUGCCAGAGGAAGGAGGGGCAAGCCAUGUUUUUCGUUAUCACCGAAGGGAGCUGCCGGAGCAGCAUGUAUACUCAGAUAUAGGGCACAGUCAGAAAAACUAUGAAGAAAAGAUAUCCAUUGUUCCAGGAAGCAGCUGUCAAACAUCAGAGUGUGCUCAAGAGGCAUCCUGGCCCGCUGAGAACACCUUUAAGGACCUCUACAUAGAAGUGUAUCCAGGGAUCUAUUCUGUUACUGUGGGCUCAAACGCCUUAACCAGGAAGACUCAUGUGGUUGCAGUGGACUCAGGGCAAAGUGUGGACUUGGUCUUCCCCAUAUGAUGUUGACCAUCACUGCUAUCCUAUCACUCUUUUUUAAGUAACAAAAAGAAUAAAGCCCCCCUCCCCACGAUUGUUUUAAUGAUGAUGCACUGAUCCCACUUUUAACACUGGCUGCAGAGUCUGUGAACUGGAGUCUGUCUUUUUCAGAGCCCAUUUUAACUUGAGAUUAUAGAAGUUCUCCAUCUACCUGUGCCUUAAAGCAAUGAUGUGAUGAUGCUGUCUGAACAGUUUUUACUGCUGGCUUUCCAAGUAAAGGUUAAUUAUCAUAAUAAAGGCAAAGAUUGAACUAAAGAGAAUUCAUUUUUA